AUGAAGGAGUACGUUUUGUUAGUUGAAUUGUUGACUGGCACGUGUAAGGGCGAACAAGUUUUACUGGCCAAGAUCGAGAUGAGUGCGAGCGAUUCUGCGCUUCCUAAAGAGCUAAAACGUUUUCAAUUUCCCAUUCGAUUGGCGUUCGCUAUGACGAUUAAUAAAUCACAAGGACAGACUUUCGGCAAGAUCCGCAUUUACUUAAAGAAUCCUUGCUUCUCUCAUGGACAAUUGUACGUGGCUUUUUCGAGAACGGAUUUUAACGAUAUUGAUUUCGAUGAAGAUUUCUUUAACCAAUUAAUAAUUUCCGAAGAAGAAGACGACGACAAUGCUCUUCUUAACAAUUACGACAUCGUGUGUCCACCGGUGACCAAGCAGGCACUACAGGAUUGCGAAUGCCAACACCUACCAAACGACCCCGAGUUACCUACAGUGAUUCCGACGAUUCCGAUUAGAGCGAUGAUGAUAUUGUUAUAUUGCUUAGAUUUCCGAAUAUUUAUUGUCAACUUUGGAGGCACGCUGAGGCCAAACCCAAAUAGCCCCGAUAUCGAUGCCGAAAUUUCGGACCAUGUGCCCGAUCUGACCAAGCCUCACAAGCGAGGCUGGAGAGGACGUGGGAUCCCGCAACUGGAAACCCACCCCUAUAUGCACCCCCCUGGAGAGGAUCAGCUCUCCAAAAACAACUCAAGUAAGCCCAGGGCCUUAGAAUCUGGAAUUUCCAAAAGUAACAGCGUGCAGAGCUCCCCAACACCAACGCCAUCUAGUGGACAGAAGCCAAACUCCCCGCCCUACAAUGUAGAUCGCGAGAUAGAAAAACUAGUAAAGAAGCUGGGGACACCUUCACCCAGCUCCAUUGAAGUAGGCAGCGACAAGGAAAAUCGCUCUACUUUACAUCAAAAACCGUACGACAAAGAAAAUCGUGGUUUUACAAUCACAUCUGCCACAGGAAAAUCCGUAAGACUCAUUAGUAACUUCCAACUCUCUAACACCUUGGGAAGCAUUACAGAUUCCUAUAACAACCCGAGACAACAACCAAAUAAGCCCGGAUCAGAACCAGAGGCCGCAGAUUCCGACGCCGCAGAGAGCAGCCAUCUCUAGCGACCAAAAGCAAAAAGAAGAAGAAGUCCAAAAAGCGUACUACCCC